AUGAGGUAUUUUGUACUGCUUCUUGGGCUUCUGCUUCAAUUGACGGCUUUCCUCCUCUUUUGUAGAGGGUUCUUCCCCACAAAAGUGUUGUUGACACCAGCCGAAGUGGAACAGUUUUCCACUCCAUACCCAAAUAAUUACCAUGAUCCGGAGCCUCAAUUCAAUAAGGUAGUACUUAUGGUAGUAGAUGCUAUGAGAGCGGAUUUUUUGUUCUCCAACAAUUCCCGUAUGAGUUUUGCACAUAGUUUACUAAAUGAUGGUUAUGGCGUCGGAUUCACAGCUUUUUCAAAUCCACCGACCGUGACUCUACCACGUCUCAAAGGUAUCACCACAGGGUCUACGCCAAAUUUCAUUGAUGCUGUACUGAAUAUUGCCGACGAUGACACGUCAAGCUCCCUCGGUGAUAGUGACUCAUGGAUAAGACAGAUGUUUUUGGAAAAUUGGAAUAUCAACAUGUUUGGAGAUGACACAUGGUUAAAACUUUUCCCGAACUAUUUUGCCAAAUCCGAAGGUACUGCCAGUUUUUACGUUAGUGAUUUUACUAUAGUUGACAACAACGUAACAAGACAUUUGGACUACGAACUAAGCAAAGAAGGAAAAUCUUACUGGGACUGCUUGAUCUUACACUAUCUCGGUCUUGACCACAUUGGUCACAAAGGUGGACCAAACAGCUCUAACAUGCCCCAGAAACAAGAGGAAAUGGACAGUAUUUUAGAGCGUAUUUUCAAAGAGGUUGUUUUGCAAGAUCCGAACUCACUUUUCAUCGUCCUAGGUGAUCAUGGAAUGAAUGAUGUAGGAAACCAUGGAGGAUCCUCCACCGCAGAAACUUCUGCUGCCUUGAUGAUGAUUUCUCAAAAAUUCAAAGGACUAGGCCUAAACAAUGAUAUAAAGGCACCAAUUGCUUUGAACGAUGACUACAAUUACUUUUCGAAGAUAGAUCAGAUUGAUUUAGUACCGACCUUAACUGAACUCAUUGGGCUUAAGGUUCCAAUCAACAACCUUGGCGCUUUUGUUCCUCAAUUUUUGGAGUUAUACUCAAAUGAGGAAAAAAAUAAUAUCUUGCUCAAAAAUGCUCUUCAGCUGAAAGUACUAUUAGAUAAAUCACACGGUGGAGUUCACCCUUUCCCCGAGAUGGAUAACACUGAACUUUUAGAGUUCAUUAAAAAUGCUAAAGAAGAACUAUCUCGAAGCUCUUCUGCUUAUGAUUAUCCUUUCAUUUAUGCUGGUAUUGGUUUAUUUUUAAUAGAAACACUGGCUUCCUAUAUGUUUUUUGCUUUUCAUUUCAAAGACCACUUUCACAUUGCUUUUUCUGAUGUUGUAUUUUUUGUCACCUACUCUGCAAACUUUAUUGCCUCAUCCAUGGUUGAAGAAGAGCAUCAUCUAUGGUGGUUUUUCACUACUGUUUAUACUGCAUUCAUAAUACUGAAAAACCUUAGAGGUGAAAAAAUCAGUUGGUUAGGAAUUUUAGCCAUGUUAGUUGGCCUGAGAUUGCUAAAAGCUUGGAACAAUAGCGGUCAAAAACAUAACAUGAAAGCAAAUAUGAAACUCUCCACAUAUUUGAGCCAACUUCCAGAAAAUAUAGGUCCAAACAUAUAUGCGUCUCUUCUUAUUAUUUCUGUUCUUCCUAUGGGCAUUAUUGUGAAUGUUUUCGGCAAGCCUGAGUCCGAGAUGGUAUUUUGGUUUUAUUUGCAAUUUGAAAGAAGUUCUGCAACUUGA